CAGGUUGUGAAAACGUUGCUACCCGCUGGUCUGUGUCUGGAUCGCUUCAGGACCCUCCUACCUCCUGGCGGGGGAUAAGGAAGGAGGAGACAGCCACGCCGUUCCUCUCGCCCUGUGCUGCUGUCGGACGAGCCCCCAUAAUACCGCUCUGUCAGUGUGGAGGGAGCCCAGCGCGGAGAAGAAGAGGGAAGUCUGUGACAGAGGGGGAGAGAGAGAGAAGAGACAGGAGGCAGGCUGCUUAUAGUAACUCACACUAACACAAGGAGCACAUUCUUUACAACCGGAGGACUUCUUCUGGGGCUCUCACUGCGCUUUUCCGCCAAUCUUUUAGCCUGCCUUUGGGAUUUUAACCUCAUUUUCUACCAAACUGGGAUAUUCUCCUCUGUGUAAAGUGCAUCCGUGUGUGAGCUUCAAACAGGACAGCCCAGUCGAUUCCCAGUCCAGCGCAGCAGCAGCAGCAGCAGCAGCAGCAGCAGCAGAAGCAGAAGCAGAGAGAGAGAUUUCAGAGCGUGGCACAUUACAGAUCGGAGACGCUUCUACAAAACAAGUCAACCCUUUUUGCGUACUCUCCCUUACCAUCCCUUUUCUUCCUCCUACUCCUCCUCCUCUUCUCCCUUCAACAGUACUGCCACCACAGCCACCUGCUCCUCGCCUGCUCCUAUCCUGCCUGGCUGUACCUUUUUAACCUACCCUAGCUUUCCGAUCACUCUCUCCGGACACUGAGCGACCACCUUGCGCACUUGUGGACUAAUUGAACUCCGGAUCUUGCUCACACCUCACGAUAGAGAGAAGCCGGCGGAGUGACACAUCGCGGUGCAGCAGCAGCAGCACUAGAAGAGGAGAUCAAGAAGAAGAAGAAGAAGAAAAAAAGAGGGGGAUAUUAGGAAAGACAAGCUGAUCUCAUCUUGGCAUAUCGCUCGCUCCGGAGUCACCAUUCCCUGCCUCACUGCUAAGGAUUCCAGCUACAUGGGCAAGCGCUUGGAACAGCAGCCAAUGUACCCUCAGUACACCUACUACUACCCCCAUUAUCUCCAGACCAAGCAGCCGUAUGCUCCGCCUCCUCACCCCAUGGCUCCUCCCAGCCCCAGCACCAACAGCUGCAGUCAGGGAGGGGCGGAGCAACUCAGUAAGACCAACCUGUACAUCCGGGGUCUGCCUCCUGGGACCACCGACCAGGACCUCAUCAAGCUCUGCCAACCGUACGGGAAAAUAGUGUCAACUAAGGCCAUUCUGGACAAGAACACCAACCAGUGCAAAGGAUAUGGCUUUGUGGACUUCGACAGCCCAGCUGCAGCGCAGAAGGCCGUGUCAUCUCUCAAAGCCACUGGAGUCCAGGCCCAAAUGGCCAAGCAACAAGAACAGGACCCUACCAACCUGUACAUCUCCAACCUGCCCGUGUCCAUGGACGAGCAGGAGCUGGAGAACAUGCUGAAGCCUCUGGGUCAUGUGAUCUCCACGAGGAUACUGAGGGACGCCAACGGGGUCAGCAGAGGGGUCGGCUUUGCAAGGAUGGAGUCCACAGAGAAAUGUGAAGUAGUGAUACAGCAUUUCAAUGGAAAGUACCUGAAAACCCCACCAGGCAUUCCAGCCCCCACGGAGCCUUUGCUGUGUAAAUUUGCCGACGGAGGGCAGAAGAAGCGCCAGAGCCAGAGUAAAUACCCCCAGAAUGGACGGCCGUGGCACAGAGAGGGCGAGACUGGCAUGGCGUUAACAUAUGACCCAGCUGCAAUGCAAAACGGGUUCUACUCUUCGCCUUAUAGCAUCGCCACCAACCGCAUGAUCGCGCAGACCUCCAUCACGCCCUUCAUCGCUGCUUCCCCCGUCUCCACAUAUCAGGUCCAGAGUACGUCAUGGAUGCCUCAUCAACAAUAUGUUAUGCAACCAACAGGUGCAGUGAUCACGCCAGCCAUGGACCACACGAUGUCCAUGCAGCCAGCCAGCAUGAUGGGGCCUCUGACACAGCAGAUGAAUCACCUGUCCCUGGGCACUACCGGAAGUUACAUGACUGCUGCAGCCGCUGCGGCGCCUAUGCAAGGGACCUACAUCCCCCAGUACACUCCUGUGCCUCCCACCGCCGUCCCAGUCGAGGGAGUAGUGACGGACUCUCCGCAGACGGUGGCGCCCUCGUCACAGGAGGUGAGCGGGCAGCAGCAACAGAUGCAGGUGGACUCUGACCACGUCCCAGCAUACUCCUACCAGUCCAAAUAGCGGCGGUCGAGCGAGUGGUCCUGUGACAGCGUUGCCUUGAGACAGAAGGUGGCUGCACUGUGAACGCGGAGGAAAAGAAGAGAAAAAGAUUGCUUCCAGAUUGCCCAGGCACCAAAAAAAAACAGACAAUUUUUUCAUUUCCUACCUGGCCUACGAGAAAAACCACACAAAACAGAAGGAGGCGAGGAGGACGCUAAGGAACGCAUAGGGACAAGACUGGGCACAGUGCAAGAUAGUUUAGUCUGGAACCUGCCUGAAGGGCUGGGCUGAAGCUUGAAAUGUUUCUCAAAAAAUGAAAUUAAAAUCAUAAAAAAAAAAUAUAGAAAAUUACAAAAAAAAAAUUAACAAAAAAUAUUUUAAAAAAGGAUGAAUGCGCAGGUAGGUGAUGAAGUUUAUUUUGUAAUUAAAACAGGGGUUUGAGACACACACAGAGAUUGUCUUCCUCAGAUAUUAAGCUAUGUUUCUUUUCACUCUUUUUUAUGUUGUAGUGUUAAAUUUUAGUUUUCUAGAUAUAUUCAAAAGUGUUUUUCUUUUUGGAAUCUUCAUGGCCUUAAUUUCAAGGGCGCUAGAAACUUUUUAACUCCGAAGUCCAUAAGAGGACAAAAGUUAACGCGAGGAGUUUUGGACCAUGCGGCGGAGUUGUUCUACAGAAAAAAAUCUAUGACAUAAGCUGUACAGAUUUAAUAGAGAGCUUUUUCUUUUAGAGGAAAACUUUGAUAAUUAUGUGAGAGGUAACUAUGUGUCUGUGUGGGGAUGGACUCUAGGGGGGGUGAUGCUAUGAAGAGAUUUCUCACAUCGAGGAAAAAGAAAACAUGCUGCACUGUGGAUGCAGAGCUCAACUUUUUUAUGACCAUGUUUAUGAUUUUACAAGAGUUGCUGUCGAUGACAUUAGUGCUUUUUAUCUGCCACAUUUGAUCUUUUUUAUGAGCUUUAAGAUGUUUUUAGCCCGCUUUGCUUGUCACACUGCGUAACAUGAAAAAAGUGUUCAGAGUUUAAAGGUGCGCCGUGUGACUUUUCAGGAGGGGGGUUUGCCACAAGCUUGUCUCCAUGGAGAUCACAUUGCUUUGCUUUGGAAUAUUUUGUUGCAUGGCAUGGCGACUUAUCUUGCGGACAUUUAUUAAAUUAUUUGUGUAGGAAAUUGUAAAAAAAAACAACAACAAAAAAAACACCUUGAAAACGUACAUCAUUAGUCUACAGAUCCAGCUCUUAAUUUUGACCUGGUUGCGUCAUCAGCUUGUCUCAAUGAAGAUGAUUUUAAUGCCAUACCGUGGAACAUUCCAAGCAAAGCAGUAAUAAAUCCAUGGAGACACACUGGCGGAGCUUCCAUCAGAAAAGUUGCAUAGUGCAGCUUUAAAAUUCACAUGGAUAAAAAAUCUGGCAGUGAAACAAACCAGUAGAUAGAGUACAGUAGGAGCUUACGGUUUAAACCAAUCAGCGCAAAAGCAAUAGAAGAAAUUGUUGACAAUUUCUGUAGUCUUUCCUAGGUGUGGGUACAUGCAGCCCGUGGAUGGCCAUUUUUAUACCAAAGAUGAAGAGAAGUGACCGCGUGGACUCCUGUUUGAGUUUCUCUUUGGUUUGUUCUGAUGAUGUUUGUGACGUUGUUGUUGUUACUGUUGAUAUUGUUGUGAUUGUUGUUCUUGCUGUUGUCGUUGUUUUCUUUAUUUUCGGAUUUGACCCUGACGGCCGGACCAGUCUCUCCUCCUCUUCCUCCUCCACACACUCACCAACCAGGGUUCUGUUCAAAUCCUCCUCUCCCUGGACGAUGUCUGAUCCUGUGGGAGGAAAGCGACGUUGAAAACUACUCAAUUUGGCUGGCUCUGUUGUCGUGGCCAUCGAUAUUAUAUGAUUCCUCUCCUCGUCCUUCUUCCUCCAGUGUUCUUUCUCCACUUAAAACAUGGACUGAUGAAGCUGUGGACCUGAAGUGAGAGUCACCCUGCUGCUAUCCAACCUCCUUUCCACCUCCAUCAAACAAACCAGGUCAUGUUUUCACCAGAUGAGAGUUGUUUAAUGUGCAUCAAAAGAAAAAAAGAAAAAACAUGGCAAACAAACAAGUUAUAUUUUAGCUGAAAAAUGCGAAAUUCAAAGUAUCAGCCGAGUUUUAUUCAUCUCUUUAUUAUGGCAGAAGUCUAACUGACCUAGCACAUGACUUUACUUUACACAUACACACAUAACUUUUCUCAUGUAGGAUCUGCUACCAGCUUGUCCCCAUGACAACGUUAUUGCUAUGCCUGAAAGGUUCCACAGUAUGGCAUGGAACGUAUUUAUCUUGUGUUUAAACAAUUACAGGUGUUUUUAUUGCUCAGAAAUACAUUGUAAAACAUGGGUUCUUACUGUGAGUGGGCUUGCCUCUCAACAGAUAUGAUCCAUAACUUGACCU